CAUUUGUCACCAUUGAUGACGGCAACGACAAGUAUCUUUCAAACACGUACGUGCGAAAUGCAGCGCUUCGUCUGUUUUGCGAGGAGCUUUGUGGCCAAAUAGUGGAGCGGACAAGCUUCCGUGAGGCACUUGCACCACCAACGGUUGCCUCGGUGCAGCAGGGAGUUGCGGGCUCUGUCCCUGAUGAGGUUCUCAUCCCGUUCCUUGCCUCCAUAUGCCGUGAGGAUGCCUUUGUCAGCAAAAAUGCGUUGGCAAGCGUCCUGUACCACAGCAUGAGUCUCCGUCCCGAUGUGUUUGGUCAGCCCCCCAUUGUGGACCGCUUCGCCAGGUUCGCCAUUGCCCGGAGAGGCAGCAGCAGUAGCCAUAAUAAUAAUAAUAAUAAUAAUAAUAAUAAUAGUGGAUCCGUGUCGCCGUUAGAACGAGGAGGCGUUCAUGGAAACGAUAAAAGUCCCGCUGCUGCCCCUGUUGCUGCGGGUGUGGGUAGCAAGGCAGGGGUGAGGGAGAGUUCGGCGAAAAGCCGAUUGAGUCUGGGGGUCUCGAACACAGAUGUGGUCCUUGAAAGUCCCAUUUCCUCCAAUGCAGCCGAGGCAACAAGCGAGGUGAUGGAUGUCACCUCCACCGCACAAGCAGAUGACGAGGAGGAGGACGAGGUGGAGACACUGAACCGGUUUAUGGCAGACCAGUCGGAUGAAACGGCCACGCGCACACACAAACGCACCCUAUUCUCUCUCAAUCUCACACUAGCGGAGGUGAUGGAGACCGCCAUGCAUUUUUCACAAAUGCGACCGACCUCACCUGAAGAAUAUAAGAAGGCAAUGGCCAUGAUACGAGCGGCAGAUGAUGCACGACACGAGCGUAUUGCAGCAUUCCGUAGUGCUACGCCAACAACCGGUUCUCAUAAUGGCAUGGGUUCGUCGCCGUCUUCUUCUUUAACCACCACUCCCACAGUUGGGUAUCCAGAUGCGGCGUUACAUAUUGAGGAACCAAUGCAUUUUGGUGUUGUUAUGCUUCAUAUUCGUUUUGCCCUGCGAAAAAUUAUUCAUGCUUCCAUGCGUCGCCUUGCGGCUCAGCAGGGACCCAAGACACUUUCUAUGAUGGUCGAAAUGUUGCGAGAGGUGGACCCCAAGUGGCACCAAAAUCAAAAUAACAACAGUGGUGAACUCCGUCGGCAGUCCGAUAGCAUGCUUGCCGGAACCCUCCGUGUGCUCGUGGCACGUUCUGUCGUCUGUGUCGACCUUGUAGGGGAAGCCGGGGAUCUUCUUGGCGGCGGGGCUGGCGGUCUAGCAAUAAGUGCAGUCGGCUUGCAGCGCACGGAGCGGGCAUUACAUUUGGUGCAGCGUGCGAAGCGCAGCGCUACUGGUUCUGGUGGUAAUACUGGUGACCACGUUAGCCGCCGUCGUCCUCAACGACAUCGAGGAGAUGGUGGUGCCAGAACCUCCUCUUCGGGCGAAAAACGUUCUAUUUCAUGA